UGAGUCGCAGAAGGAAGUAAACAUCAACAACAACACGUGCUUAAUCUUCCGUCUAGACAGACUUGGACAGGAUUUUGACUAAUUGUUUUUAUGCAGUGUGAUUCCAUAUAUCCCAUAGCUCCUAACUAACACUUUUGAAUCAAUCUCCAAAGUUUGCUUUCGAUGGAAAUUAUGCGGAAAAGAAGCUACCAUCUUUGUGACCAAAAUGUUUACGAUCGUGAUGAUCAUGAUGGUAGUGCUAGUGCAGCGCACAACAACAAAAGACACGUGGAGUUGAACCUCAUGCCUGGACAGAAACGUAUGUGCAAUGGAGUUUCAAGCUUUUUAUUACAGCAAGUGGGCCCAACAUCGGAGUGUACAGGCAUCUCACUCGGCGGAAACGCUUUCUCGUCAAUGAAGAAUGACCCUGUUGCCAUGGAAACCAUACAUGCCUCAUCUUGCCAUCCACACAUUCCAGCCGAUGCUAUGCAAAGUUCUUGUUACGUUAUGACUGCAGGAGGAGAUGCAACAUCUGCAGCAUUAUCACAGCAUUUGGAGCAGAGUCAACAGAGAAAAGUUUGUCAAAGAUGUCGUUCAGGAGAGUCGGGUCACAUUACUCAUAUCCUAAGCUAAAGUCUCUUGACGCUUUCUUCAACUCCCCCACCAUGGUUCCAAGAGGUAGCUGGCUGUCUCAUUCCGCCAAGAACCAGGGCCCAAUUUCAACUGGAGCUGCUUAAGCACAAAAUAGCUAUGCACAUUAAUAUGCUUACCAAGGAAGGGUUACCAGCUGAAAUACAAUGAUGUCACAUUACAAUAUUUGUGACUGGUAUUCUGUGCAUUUAUGCUAACCAGAUAAGUUUUGAGCACUAUUUUCUGCUUGAGCAGCUCUAUAAAAUAGGGCUGGUCCAGUCCAAACUUCCAAGGUUCUGUUUUUUAUUUGUACAUUAUUUCUUGUGUUAAACAUUCAUGACAUUGUUUUUUUGUUAAAUGCUUUCCGAGAAGGAAUUAGCCUUUGCAUGUAAUUAAGUCUGAGUUUUUGUUUUUUUUUAUGUUAGAAAUAUGUUUUGAAUGUGUGAUAUAGUAUUAAAACACCAACAAGGUAUACAAUUUUUAAGUUGUUUAUUUCCCUUUAAAGGAUAAUUCAAAAUUACCUGGGACAGUUUAUCUGUUCAGAUUGGUCAAGAGGAGAUCCAGGUAUACAUUAUGUGAUAGCAACACAGAAAAUGUUCAUGUAGAUCAAAGAUACUCAAGGGAUAAACUUUAAAAAAACCAAAAUAAUCUAUGACCCUUUCAUUAAGGGCAGAAAGAGGCAUUAUUAGUUUUGUUUAAACAGAGCAAACAUUAUUUAGUAUUAGAGGUAAAGGUAGCUUAGUAUAAGGUUGCAUUAGAGAGGUAUCUCGUCUUCUAUAUGGAAUAUUAUGCAAGGUUUAUGAUUUGGCUUUCGCGAGAUAGCCUUCCAAAGAAACAUACCAUUCACAUUGAAUGUCUUGUAUUUAUUUUAUGCCUUGAGUUCAGUUGCAAUGAACACUUUUCUAAAAUAUUUCUUUUUGGAUCAUCCAAAAUAUAUCCAUAGUAUUUUCUGAAUAAGUUUCAUGUUGCAUAAUGUGAAAACAAUAGAUGUUACAAAAUAAGCCAAAACACAAAUAAUGCAAAUUGUAACCAGUCCAACAAAUACAUAUUUAGUACAGUGAUUUGAAGCAAACAAAUUAAGGAAACCUAAAAUGCCAAAGAAGAAGAAAAAUCAAUGCUGCUAUAAAAUGUGGGGGAGUUACAGGCAAUUAUAAAUCUGUCUGGGAAAGCCUGUCAGCGCAAAUUCAUGCCACCAUUCACAUAGUUUGGUAAAUCUGAUUUUUAUCUGUUGAUUAUUUUUUAGUUUUUUAGCAAUUCAGAAAUGUUUGGAUUCAUGAUAAUAUUUUAAGGCAUUGAACAAUCAAAAUGGUGCAAUGAUCAGAAACUAAAGGAAUCCAAAAGGUGCUUUGUCAACUUCCAUGUUAUGAGUUGUCUUAAAGAGUACAAACCUUACACUGAAGAUUUCUAAACCAUUUUAUGAGUAGAGGUACUUGUGUUGUGUGCGAGUGAUAUAGAUAAUUUAUUAUAAUGAAAGAAAAAUACUUAGUAUAAAAUAGUUAUAGCUAAAGCGUGUGCCAGAUAUUUCAAGAGUGAUAUUAAAAUUUAUGGUCAGCCCGGGACCAACUAUGAGAUACAA